AUGUUUUUCUAUGGAAUCGCUUACGAUGAUGAUGACGAAGCCAUUCAAGAAUACUGGGACAUGGUUCCUGAGAUGCCCAGUCAAGUGUGCAUCUCGGCCGCUAUCACAAAUUCAAGCAUUCGAAAAGGUAUCCUUCUGGGGAUGGUGGUAAGCGCUAGUCAAAUUUUUUCUGGAAGUAUGGCUUCGAUUUCAUAUUCGACGAGUAUGUUCUCGGCGGUUUCGUUCACAGCAGUACUGAUACCAUUUUUACCAGCGUUAGGUUCGCUUGUAUCAAUCGCUAUGACUAUCCCUGCUUUGAAACUUGUAGAGACGACCACUCGACGAUCUCUUUUGCUCAAAACAUUGACGUUAUGUCUUCUGGCUGAUUGUCUACUGCUGAUUUUCUCCCUGCUUUCCAUAGAUGAAGCUUGGGCUUCGUGGUUAUACUUCAUCAGUUUCUUCAUCUACGGAAUUGGAUAUAAUUUGGGUGCAGGACCAGUUGCAUAUUUCAUUCCUGCCGAACUUGUCCCUGCCGAAGCAGCCAGCGUAUCGCUCGGCGCUGCUGUUGCGGUGAAUUGGAUAAGCUCCAUGAUUACUACACUUCUUUACUAUCCGUUAAAUGAAAGUGUAAAAGGCUGGAGCUACCUUUUAUUCAUUAUUCCUACAUCUAUAUUCCUCAUCGUUCUUUACUUCUUUCUUCCUGAGACCAGAUUCCAACACCAGAGAGAUGUCACAGAGAGUCGUUUGUUGGUGGAUCUUGGACCACCAACACCAUAUGGAACGUUCGGAGAAGACGAGAUUGAUUUGUUUUGA